CAAUCCACCUCCCUUCCUCACCUCACCCCACCUCGCCACCAUAAAUCUAUCUCAACCACAGCUUCACAACCAAACAACUGAACCGAAAAAUGUCGACCGAAGCAACCGCCGCCACUCCCCAGCCUUCCUCCUCUACCACCUCCUCGCCCAUAAUACUCUACAAACCGCCUACGAUCCAGAAACUCCUCCGCACCGCAGCGAUAAACCUUGUGCUGCCCUUUAUUAAUGGUCUUAUGCUGGGCUUUGGGGAACUGUUUGCGCACGAGCUUGCGUUUCGAUGGGGGUGGGGGGGCACUCGGGUGUUUCCAUCUAGUCGUGUUGCGGCACCGGGGGUUGAGGAUAAGGUGGAUGAGCGGGGGCGGAAGGUGAAGGGGCGGGGAAGAGGAUAGGGUUUUGGAGGAGCUUACAGGUUUGGAAUAGGGAUGGGAUGAUUGCGGAUGUGGGGGAGGGGGUGUAAAUACGGGGGUGGGAAUGGAAGUUUAACUUCCUCUUUUUCAGUUCGCUUGUUUGUCAGUUCGCUUGUUUGUUUUUGCGCAGUGGAGGUUAUAUACACUUUGCGGAAUGGAGCGGACAUUGAACAUUGAGAA